AUGUCGGGUCAGAACAGCGGCGAGUACGCAGGGGACUCCUUCGAAGACGUCUCUGAAGCCCCUGAGAGCUUGAAUAUCUCCAUACCCAAGUCAUCUUCAGCCCGGUCUUUAACUGACAGCCCGCCGAUCGGUUCAGGAGCUUCUCCUCAAACACCGGAGAAGUCGUUCCCUCCCACUGGUUCGCAGGACGAGCACAAGGACGAGAUAGGCGCCCACGCGGACUCCCCUGAACGACUGAGAAUUCAAGCCGAAAGCAACGAAGAUAUGCAUGAAGCGGAUGCAAUCGAAUCUCAUGCCCCGGUCGACCUCGAAGCUCCGGACUCGAAUGCCGAGCAUGUCAGAAUAGAUACCUCAGAAGUUGCGGAUGACAAGGAUGAUGAGAAUCAUGCAGUUACACCAGUGGAGGGAGGAGACGCUGGUGACGCCGAGGAGACUCCGAGGCGCAAUGUAGCGCAAAAAUCUCCUUUACUCACUUCCCACCGGUUAUCGACAACAUCUUCGCUGGACGAGGUGAAUCUGACAUCUACCAAGGAUAAUGAGGAUCUCUCCCCUCAAGCAGUUUUAGCAGCGCCCGUUGCCUCGGAGUCACCGCCUGUCCCGCCGAAGGACGAUGUUGUUGCCUCUCCUCCGAGCUCAGGUUUGAUGGGAAGCCUGCCUUCACUGCCAUGGAGCGCUCCUCCCACAAAUAAAGCCCAGCCUGCGAUCCCGCCCCCUCCACCCCCGACUCGCAAGCCCAGUGGUCCUUUUGCUUGGUUCUCACGCAGUUCGACAAGUUCAAAAGACGUCAAGUCCCCACCCGCAAAUGGCCGCCGCAAUACGUCCACCUCUGUUUCAACUGUUGCCAGCAACUUGGACCUGGUGGAAGGAGAUGGCUCAAGUGUCCACUCGAGGAGACCGAGGCGGAACAGCUUGAAAGACCAAUUCAAAAUCCUGAGGAUGAGAGAAGAGUCGGCACUUCCGGAGAAUGACGAGAGCAGUGUGCGAUCAGGCCAGGGCAGUCUUGGCCAUUCCGUUGCAAGCCCGCCGAUGAUUCCCGAAGAGGGUCAAGACGGCGGUAUGCCGGUGCCUCCAGCUGCGUCCGGCGCAACUUCACCUGGAUCUUUUUCCCCGUCCACCGUCAACCCCGGCCUGGCGCCCGGGACGGUGUCUGGUUUCUCCCAGUCUGCGACCGAUGCCGCGGCACCAGUAGACUGGGACCUGUGGCAGCAAUUGGUCAAUAAUGGCCCGUCGGCCCUUGCUAGCUCAGAGGAACUGAAUGCAGCUAUCAAACGGGGUAUUCCUCAGACCAUCCGGGGAGUGAUUUGGCAGAUCCUGGCGGAUUGUCGGGGUGGUGAGCUAGAGGAAAUAUAUCGGGAUUUAGUAUCUCGUGGUACAGAGAAGGAUAGCCGUACACCGAGCGUCCAGAUCAAUGGAGUGAAUGAGAAGGAGUCUGUCACUUCAUCGCGCUCGUCCGUUCGGUCGAAUACUUCGGGCUCCGGAGGUCAACCUACGAGCACAGUGACUAGCCCUUCUCAGGAGAUCGAUCCCGAGAGAAUGGCGCGAGAGCAAGCUGCCGCUGAGACGGCUCGUUUGAAGAAGGCCAAGGAUGAUGCUUCUGCCUUGUCAAAACUGGAGAAGACUAUUCGCCGAGAUUUGGGUGCUCGAACUAGUUAUUCGAAGUACUUCGUCUCUCAAGGUAGCCAAGAGAGCUUGUUUGGCCUAUGUAAGGCCUAUGCCUUGUAUGAUGAAGCGGUUGGAUAUGCACAAGGCAUGAACUUUAUUGUCAUGCCACUGCUCUUCAAUAUGGAUGAAGCCGAUGCGUUUGAGCUUCUUGUCAAGCUGAUGAACAAGUAUCGUCUUCGUGAGAUGUUCAUUUCGGACAUGCCUGGUCUCCACCGCUCAUUGUUUCAGUUCGAGCGACUUUUGGAAGACUUGGAGCCUGCCCUAUACUGUCAUCUACGGCGACGUGGAGUACCGCCACAAUUGUACGCCACUCAGUGGUUCUUGACGCUGUUCGCCUACCGCUUCCCACUGCAGCUUGUGCUGCGUAUCUACGAUCUCAUCUUUGAGGAGGGCUUGGAGAUCACCUUGUUGAAGUUCUCGAUUGCCAUUAUGCGGCGUAAUACGGAGGCGCUACUAGAGAUGAAAGAUAUGAGUGCUCUGACCACCUUCCUCAAAGAGCGCCUGUUCGAUGCCUACAUUGACAAGCAGCCCUCUGCCUCAUCGAUUCUUGAAUCUGGAUUCUUCGGCAGCUCCGGGGCUGCUGACAAGGAGGUAUACCGUGCAGAACUCCUCGUUGAGGACGCUUGUGCCGUGCCAUUGACACAAGAGACCAUCAAAUCUUACACCGCCGAAUGGGAGGAGAAGGUCUUUAGCGAGAAGGAGCGUGAAGCCGAGCUAGAGAACUUGCGACACACCGUGAGUGCACAGGCUACCCGCCUGCGUUUAUUGGAAGAGCGUUCUGAGGCCUCGGACAAGGAGCAUGUCCAGUUAGCCUCAGAGUUAGUUCACGCCAAGGUCGAGAACGAAGAACUCCGAGACAUGAACGAUGCAUUGAAGCUGCAAGUCGAACAGCUGAAGAAUGUGGUCGACAAGCAGCCCGGUGAAGUCGAGGAGAAGUUGAGGACCGAGAUGGACCGAAUCAUGCAGCGGAACAUUGAAGUGCAGAAUGAGAACCGGUCGAUGGAAGAAUCGAUGGCGGAGAUGGAGAAGGAAUUAGUCGCAACGAAGAUGAAAUGGGCCGAGAUCUCCGAAGAACAUGAGACUCUUCGACAGAAAUGGAGUGAUCUGCGCCGGGCUCUCGAUUGA